AUGCUCGCUAUGCGUCGUGAAAGUGACCAGAUCUACAACGGUAGUGCCAGUGCGAUCAACCACACCAGUAGUAUUUACAAUCAACAUCUGAUACCGUCCCACGCCGUCGGCAGUGGCGCCGGAUCAGCGCAUAUCACCAACAGUGCUCUCUCGUCGACCCACUUGGGUAACAACAGUGACCACAAUAGUGCCGGUUCUAGUGUGAGUGCAAAUCACGGUAGUGCCAUUAGUGAAACAACUGCUACUAGUGCGAUAGAAACAAGUGGCACCAGCAGUGCCGGUAGCAGUAGUACUGCAAAUCAAUCCCAACAGUUGACAGCGCCUUAUCUGCAUCAUCAUUCUCACCAUCAUCUGCACUAUCAGCAUAAUCAAUCCCAGAUCCAGGCGGCUCAGCAUAAUCACCAUCACGUUGGCCAUAGCUUCAACGGGCUUGGCGGCGGUACUACAGCCAGCUACGGUAGCUUGAACAGCUACGGAUCGGGCAUAAUCAAUCGCACUAAUCCAGGUGCAAGCCUUGACGAGUACGUCGACAUUCUCCAGGUUCAACAAUUGCUGUUGGAAAAUUCGUCAAACCAAUCCGGCGCAGGUGCAACUGCAAACGCAAUUCUCAACAACAGUGCCGCUCUAUCACCCAAUACCACUAUUACCUCAUCCGUCCCUAAUUCAUCCACUGUCACUACCUCUAGUUCAAUAAAUUCCUUCACGUCAAUAUCGACUCCCGCGGCACUGAACGGUUCUGGCACCAAAAGCCGACCCAAAGUUAACCUGCAAAAAGCGUCCGAGUAUUCUACGGCAGCAGCCGCCGCCGCAGCAGCAGCAGCAGCAGCGAACCAACUACAAGGUACGCCCUCUUAA